GCUCUUUCCACCACCUCAUCCUAUUCUUCCCUCCCACUUUAAAGCCUGGUGGACUCUUUGUUCUUCUCCAUCCCACCUAAAGCCUUGUGGACUUCUCCCUUUUCCGAGGAGAAAACAGGGCUGUUGUAUCAAGACAUGGAUCCUCAACUCUACAAGGCUGCGAAACUUGGCCAGAUCACACUUCUCAGACAAGUAGUGAACGAAGAUCUUAGCCGAUUGCUGACAGUAACACCACAAGAGAACACGGCCAUUCACGUCUCUGUGAGUUUUGGUCACAUAGACUUCGUGAAGGAAGUAUACGCUGCGCUUCUCCAACACAAUUCAAGUUUAGAAGGUGACAUGGACUACAGAAGAAGCUUAUCGCUUCUUACACAGGUGAACUCAAGAGGUGACACUGCCCUUCACGUAGCGGCAAGAGCAGGCCAUGCUUCCAUAGCUAAAUUUCUCAUUGAAAAGAUUCUGCCUUGGCGUUCAGACCAGGACAUCGAAGGUGGAAAUAGUUCAGAUCCUGGAAACAGAGCAAGAGAAGUAGCUCGUGAGAAAAUAAGGAUGAGAAACAAGAGCAACAAUACGGCCGUGCAUGAAGCUAUUCGAAGAAAUGACCAUAAGAUGGUGAAGUCGUUGAUUAAGGCAGACCCUGAUUUAUGGUAUCCCAUCUUUGAUGAUGCUGAUGAGGAAGGUGGGGAGUCUCCACUCUACUUGGCUGCUAGAGAGGGAUGCGUGGAUAUUAUCAAUCAAAUCUUUCUCAUUUGUCCAUCUCCAGCUCAUGGUGGACCAUAUGGCCGGACGGCUUUACAUGUCGCCGUCAUUGAGGGGCAUCUUGGUGUGGUGAAAAUACUCUUAGAGAAGAAAAGAGAACUUGUGAAUAAGGUAGAUGAAAAUGGAAGGACCGCUCUUCACUAUGCAACGGCAUUCAAGAAACGCCACAUGAUAGUACAACAAUUGCUAAGGCAUGAUACUUCAAUUGGGUAUCAAUUGGAUAACGAUGGUCUCUCAGCAUUUCACAUCGCUGCCCUUGAAUCAAGCAUUAAGGUAUUUAAAGAGCUCAUCCAAUGGUGCCCAGAUUCUGGGGAGUUGCUGGACAAAAAUCAUCGCAAUGUUCUUCACUUUGUUGUGAUGAGUAAAGACUACAAGAAAAUCAAGUUCUUCUUAAAUCAAGUAGAGCUUGAGGAACUUGUAAACCAGGCAGAUGAUGAUGGAAACACCCCAUUCCACUUCGCUGCGAGACAAGGCUCUCUCAAGCUUAUGGGGCUUUUUCUUUCAAAUAGAAGAGUAGACGUAAAGGCCACGAACAACAAAGGCCAGACAGCCGCUGCUAUUUUUCUCUCAAUCCCUAUCAAAGCCACAAUAGUUUCGAGGAAAACUUACGACGUGUCAAAGGUGAACAAAGAAUGAGAAUGAUUGGGAUGGGACCAUUAUGGUCUGAGGUCAACUACUACUACUCUUUUGUCUUCUGUCUUGACUAAAUCAGGUAUUCAGAGGUGCGGUGUUUGAUUCACAUUUGGAUUUCACUUAAUCUCUCUCAUCUUUUAAUUGGUUUUUAUUUUCAGUGGAGUUCAAGUGUAGAUCAAAUACCGUACAAAAACGAAGACUUGAUCCACACUCUCUUCUGUCUUUUAUGUCUUUGGCUAUUUCUUUUCGUCUCCUCCCAAUGCAUUACCUAGAUGCAUCAAACUCCAGCGAUUCCUCGUGUCCGCCCUUGCAAUUCUCUCACAAUUUCUCUUCCUCGAUGACCCAUUGAAGGAGAUUCAAUCUUGUUAGACUGUUCAAAUGGGAUUCAAAGAAACCUUGUUGCUUGUCACAACCGAAAGAUGAAAUUUUUUAUGC